AUGACUGAAAUAAAGGCACAGCAUUACGAAGAAAUGCUGAAUGAUUUACGUGAAAAAGUGAUGUUAAAAAUGAUGGAGGAAGAAGGUUUUGAGCUUGACGAUAUCACUUUAGAGUUCGUGGAAGACCGUAUGGCCAAACAACAAGACAAACCACAGCAAACAAGUGGAUCAAAGAAGAUUUUUGCAGGGGGACUUGUGUGUGCAGAUAUUGAGUGUAUCCUCGACAGCGCUAGUACAUUCAUCCCAAUUCUGAUCUCUUAUUCACGUGGGUAUAGCAAGACGAUUUUUCAUCAUUGGGGAACCAAUUGUGUGGAUCUCUUCAUUCAAACGUUGUUGCAAUGGGUUGAAGAGGAGAAGGCAAAAGAGGGGGGUGGUCAGGAAUUUCAUAUUUUCUUCCAUAACCUAAAGGGGUUUGACGGGGUGUUUAUCAUGAACUCAUUGUACAAGUUGAACUUGAAAGUGACAGACAUCAUGGGCACAGGAACAAAGAAGAAGAACAAAGAUGCUGCAUUUUAAGCACAAGUCGGUUACUUUUAAGGAUUUCCUAGCUGUCAUUUCUGAACAUACCCCUGGCGAAUUUCACCAAGACGUUUGGACUGGUUGA